UGCUUCCCCCACCCCCCAGGAGAGAUCAUGGAACCUCCCAGGUGUGCCGGUUGAAGUCGUAGGACAGCGCGGAGCUUUCACGGACGAGGAGACCAGGAACAACACUGAACUGCCGGGAAAGGGAGGAAGAAGGAAGGUCGUAGGACGAGGCGUCGUGCUGCUGCGGAGGGAUUCUGUUCUUGGCGUGGCGGAGGGAUUUGACAGCACGUUCACUUCCGGAAAAGUCCCAGCUCUGUGAGGCGAAGCCCCGAAGGAAACAAUAACAAACGAAGGAGGAAGCGAUUCUGCGGUUCCUGUGUUGAGCCGUUCUGGUCCCAGAAGAUGCGCUUCGGCCCCCGUCAGGGGACGUGAGAGAGUUCGGUGGGCUUCAGCCAGCCUUCGCCCACCUGCUGCCCCGCGGGGCCCCCUGGGCUUGGCCAUGGCGGGCGCGGGGCCGGGGGGCUACGCGGCCGAGUUCGUGCCGCCGCCGGAGUGCCCGGUCUUUGAGCCGAGCUGGGAAGAGUUCACCGACCCGCUCAGCUUUAUCGGCCGCAUCCGGCCUCUGGCGGAGAAAACCGGCAUCUGCAAAAUUCGACCGCCCAAGGAUUGGCAACCUCCAUUUGCAUGUGAAGUAAAAAGCUUUCGUUUCACACCCAGAGUCCAGCGCCUGAAUGAACUUGAAGCAAUGACGAGAGUGAGACUGGACUUUUUGGAUCAACUAGCAAAAUUUUGGGAACUUCAAGGAUCUACUUUGAAGAUCCCUGUGGUAGAGAGAAAAAUCCUGGAUCUGUAUGCUUUGAGCAAGAUUGUUGCCAGCAAAGGAGGUUUUGAAAUGGUCACCAAAGAAAAGAAAUGGUCUAAAGUGGGUAGCCGCUUGGGAUAUCUCCCAGGAAAAGGAACUGGGUCUCUUUUAAAGUCACACUAUGAAAGAAUUCUCUACCCAUAUGAGCUUUUCCAGUCUGGUGUCAGCCUUAUGGGUGUACAAAUGCCUAAUUUAGAUCUUAAGGAAAAAGUGGAGCCUGAGGUUCUUGGCACUGAAGUCCAAACUUCCCCAGAGCCGGGCACAAGAAUGAAUAUUCUGCCAAAGAGAACAAGACGUGUCAAGUCUCAGUCAGAAUCUGGAGAUGUGAAUAGAAACACAGAACUGAAGAAACUUCGAAUUUUUGGGGCUGGGCCUAAGGUCGUGGGCCUGGCAAUGGGAGCAAAAGAUAAAGAAGAUGAGGUCUCCCGAAGACGAAAAGUUACCAACAGGUCAGACGCAUUUAACAUGCAAAUGAGACAACGGAAAGGAACUCUCUCUGUUAACUUUGUUGAUCUCUAUGUUUGUAUGUUUUGUGGUCGGGGAAAUAAUGAAGAUAAAUUGCUUUUGUGUGAUGGAUGUGAUGACAGCUAUCAUACAUUUUGUUUAAUUCCCCCACUACCUGAUGUGCCCAAAGGAGAUUGGAGGUGUCCUAAAUGCGUUGCUGAGGAAUGUAAUAAACCUCGAGAAGCCUUUGGAUUUGAACAAGCUGUACGAGAGUAUACACUUCAGAGCUUUGGAGAGAUGGCAGAUAAUUUUAAGUCUGACUAUUUCAAUAUGCCAGUCCAUAUGGUUCCCACAGAACUAGUAGAAAAGGAAUUUUGGCGGCUGGUGAGCAGCAUUGAAGAAGAUGUUAUUGUAGAGUAUGGAGCUGAUAUUUCCUCAAAAGACUUUGGAAGUGGAUUUCCUGUAAAGGAUGGUCGGAGAAAGAUGCUGCCAGAAGAAGAGGAAUACGCACUUUCUGGUUGGAACUUGAAUAACAUGCCUGUCCUAGAGCAGUCUGUUCUUGCACAUAUUAAUGUAGACAUCUCAGGUAUGAAAGUACCAUGGCUCUAUGUGGGAAUGUGUUUCUCUUCUUUUUGCUGGCACAUUGAAGAUCACUGGAGUUAUUCCAUCAAUUAUUUGCAUUGGGGGGAGCCAAAGACAUGGUAUGGUGUACCAUCUCAUGCUGCAGAGCAACUGGAGGAGGUGAUGAGGGAGCUGGCUCCUGAGUUAUUUGAAUCUCAGCCUGAUCUUCUACAUCAGUUAGUCACCAUCAUGAACCCCAAUGUAUUAAUGGAGCAUGGUGUACCCGUGUACAGGACCAAUCAGUGUGCUGGAGAGUUUGUUGUGACGUUUCCUCGUGCCUAUCAUUCUGGAUUUAAUCAGGGCUACAACUUCGCUGAAGCUGUGAACUUCUGUACUGCUGACUGGUUGCCCAUUGGGCGUCAGUGUGUCAAUCAUUACCGACGGCUAAGGCGCCAUUGUGUCUUUUCACACGAGGAACUCAUUUUCAAAAUGGCAGCAGAUCCAGAAUGCUUAGAUGUGGGGCUGGCUGCAAUGGUGUGCAAAGAAUUGACUCUGAUGACUGAAGAAGAGACACGAUUAAGAGAGUCUGUUGUACAAAUGGGUGUCCUGAUGUCAGAAGAAGAAGUGUUUGAACUUGUUCCUGAUGAUGAGCGACAGUGUUCAGCAUGCAAAACCACAUGUUUUCUCUCUGCUCUCACGUGCUCCUGUAAUCCUGAGCGGCUUGUGUGUUUGUACCAUCCAACUGAUCUGUGCCCCUGUCCCAUGCAGAAGAAAUGUCUUAGAUAUCGCUACCCAUUAGAGGACCUCCCUUCUCUGCUAUAUGGUGUGAAAGUCAGGGCACAGUCCUAUGACACUUGGGUCAGUCGAGUUACUGAAGCAUUAUCUGCCAACUUCAACCACAAGAAAGAUUUGAUUGAAUUACGAGUAAUGCUGGAAGAUGCUGAGGAUAGGAAAUACCCAGAGAAUGAUCUCUUUAGAAAACUCAGGGAUGCUGUAAAAGAGGCUGAGACCUGUGCUUCUGUGGCUCAACUGCUUCUAAGCAAAAAGCAGAAACACAGGCAGAGCCCUGAUUGUGGGAGGACUCGGACCAAACUGACAGUGGAAGAAUUGAAGGCCUUUGUCCAACAACUUUUUAGUCUUCCAUGUGUCAUCAGCCAAGCUCGACAAGUAAAGAAUCUGCUGGAGGAUGUAGAAGAGUUUCAUGAACGUGCUCAAGAGGCCAUGAUGGAUGAAACCCCAGAUUCUUCUAAACUCCAGAUGUUGAUAGACAUGGGCUCUAGUCUCUAUGUGGAGCUACCUGAAUUAGCCCGCCUAAAGCAAGAGCUACAGCAGGCUCGAUGGUUGGAUGAAGUAAGACUGACUCUAUCAGAUCCACAGCAAGUCACAUUGGAUGUCAUGAAGAAAUUGAUAGACUCUGGGGUGGGGUUGGCUCCCCACCAUGCUGUGGAGAAAGCAAUGGCUGAACUACAGGAGCUCCUUACAGUCUCUGAGCGAUGGGAAGAAAAGGCUAAGGUCUGCCUACAGGCAAGACCACGGCACAGCGUGGCAAGUUUAGAAAGCAUUGUGAAUGAAGCUAAGAACAUUCCAGCCUUUCUACCCAAUGUGCUGUCCCUGAAAGAAGCCUUACAGAAGGCUCGAGAAUGGACAACUAAAGUGGAAGCUAUUCAGAGUGGCAGCAACUAUGCUUACUUGGAGCAGCUGGAGAGUUUAUCUGCUAAAGGGCGUCCUAUCCCUGUGCGUCUUGAUGCAUUGCCCCAGGUAGAAUCACAAGUAGCAGCAGCUCGGGCGUGGAGAGAACGGACUGGGCGGACCUUUCUUAAGAAGAAUUCUAGCCAUACAUUGUUACAGGUGCUAAGUCCCCGAACUGACAUUGGUAUAUAUGGGACUGGUAAAAACAGAAGGAAAAAAGUAAAAGAACUAAUAGAAAAAGAAAAAGAAAAGGAUCUGGACCAUGAGCCUCUGAGUGAUCUGGAGGAAGGAUUGGAGGAAACCAGAGAUACAGCCAUGGUGGUGGCAGUUUUCAAAGAACGUGAGCAAAAAGAGAUUGAAGCCAUGCAUUCCCUCAGAGCAGCCAAUCUAGCCAAGAUGACAAUGGUGGACCGCAUAGAAGAAGUAAAAUUUUGCAUUUGCCGCAAGACAGCCAGUGGAUUUAUGCUGCAGUGUGAGCUCUGCAAAGACUGGUUCCAUAAUAGCUGUGUUCCCCUGCCUAAGUCAAGUACCCAGAAAAAAGGGUCUAGUUGGCAGGCUAAGGAAGUAAAAUUCCUUUGCCCUCUUUGUAUGCGCUCUCGAAGGCCAAGGCUAGAGACUAUUCUGUCACUCCUAGUAUCCCUUCAGAAGUUGCCUGUACGGUUGCCUGAAGGAGAAGCCCUACAGUGUUUGACAGAACGUGCUAUGAGUUGGCAGGAUAGAGCCCGGCAGGCUCUAGCCACAGAUGAACUGUCUUCUGCCCUGGCCAAACUAUCUGUGUUGAGCCAGCGUAUGGUGGAGCAGGCAGCUCGAGAAAAAACUGAAAAGAUCAUCAGUGCAGAACUCCAAAAAGCAGCUGCCAAUCCAGAUUUACAGGGACACUUACCUACUUUCCAACAGUCUGCUUUUAACCGGGUGGUGAGCAGUGUAUCUUCUUCCCCUCGACAAACAAUGGAUUAUGAUGAUGAAGAAACAGAUUCUGAUGAAGACAUUCGGGAGACAUAUGGCUAUGACAUGAAGGACACAGCCAGUGUAAAGUCCUCCAGUAGUCUGGAACCCAAUCUUUUUUGUGAUGAAGAGAUUCCCAUCAAGUCUGAGGAGGUGGUCACUCACAUGUGGACAGCUCCCUCAUUCUGUGCAGAACAUGCUUAUUCUUCUGCUUCUAAGAGUUGUUCUCAAGGUUCUAGCACCCCAAGGAAACAGCCACGGAAGAGCCCUUUGGUGCCCCGAAGUUUAGAACCUCCAGUGUUGGAGUUGUCACCUGGGGCUAAAGCCCAGCUGGAAGAACUUAUGAUGAUUGGAGAUCUCCUGGAAGUAUCUCUAGAUGAAACUCAACACAUAUGGCGGAUUUUGCAGGCCACACACCCACCCUCUGAAGACAGAUUCCUGCAUAUCAUGGAGGAUGACAGCAUGGAGGAGAAACCAUUAAAAAUAAAAGGAAAGGACUCUUCAGAGAAGAAAAGGAAACGGAAGCUAGAAAAGGUAGAACAACUUUUUGGAGAAGGAAAACAGAAGUCCAAAGAGUUAAAGAAAAUGGAUAAACCUAAAAAGAAGAAAUUAAAAUUAAGUGCAGAAAAAGCAAAGGAGCUGAACAAACUGGCCAAGAAACUAGCAAAAGAAGAAGAGAGAAAGAAAAAGAAGGAGAAGGCUGCUGCAGCCAAAGUUGAACUUGUGAAAGAGAAUACUGAGAAGAAGAGAGAAAGAAAAGUGCUGGACAUCCCCUCAAAGUAUGACUGGUCAGGAGCAGAGGAAUCUGAUGAUGAGAAUGCCGUGUGUGCAGCACAAAACUGUCAAAGGCCUUGCAAGGAUAAGGUAGACUGGGUACAAUGUGAUGGUGGCUGUGAUGAGUGGUUUCAUCAAGUCUGUGUGGGAGUAUCUCCAGAAAUGGCUGAAAAUGAAGAUUACAUCUGUAUAAACUGUGCAAAGAAGCAGGGGCCAGAUAGCCCAGGUCAAGCACCAGCUCCUUCCUUCAUAAUGAGCUACAAACUACCGAUGGAUGAUCUUAAGGAGACCAGUUAGCAUAUACUAAGUUAGUUUGGGACAUGGGGAAAAUGGACCACAUUAAGAUCUUAGUCAUAAAAUUGAGUGGAUUAGAUCCACUCACAAUGUUGCUUCCAAAGACGAAUGGCCUUCAGAGAAAGUCCUUAUAGCUGACUUCUCUUUGCAUGGACUGUGUGAUCUACAUUCUCUAUCAACACGUCUGUGCAGAGGGUGUCUUCUUUGGUACAGCAGCCAAUGUUUCAGUUCAUGUCUCUGUUGAGUAUGGUUUGUUACAUUAAGGCCAGACAUUUGAUUGAUCUCCAGGGUGGUUGGUGUGCCAUCAGGGAAUGCAAGAUGUGUCUUAUGGCCAGUUGGUAUUAGAGGUUUAUGACAUAGAGGCAGCACCAUCUGAGGUGCUGAUUAUGUGGCUCUCUUUGUUAGGAUAGUUACAGAGGAGUCAGAGUACCACUUUCCCCACUAUUACCUGGCAUUUAGGGUCCUACAAAUACAACUAGGAGAGGAACAGGGCCAGAGCUAACUCCUGUUAGAAGUCAUGGGAUGGUAGCACAGUCUAGACCUCAGCUACUUGUGCUUGUUUGUACCAAGAAGAAAACCCCAAGUGAGAGGCAGAUCACCUUACCUUCCCAAGGAGGAUGUCUUGUAGUUCAGAAAUCUGACUAGAUUGUAUUCCGGGAAGAAGAGCUUUUCUUAUUUCAAGGCAAGGAGCCUUUUGUUUGCUUAGAGAAGUCUUGCUGUCUUGGGUCUAUAUUUUAGAGCAGAGAAGGUCCAUGGAUCCAGACUUCUGCAAAAGAAAAGAAGACAAGUUAAUGUUUUACUGAGCCACAGGGAUGCAUGCUUUUGGGGGAAACCUUCAUUCACAAGUAUACUAGAUACCACCAGGCUUCAGGCAUGGCCAUGAACAAGACCAGCAAAUAACAUUUUGCCUUGCAGCCCCGAUGCCAAUGUCUGCUGUUUCCAAUAUUGACAAUUUCUGAUUGUGGUCCACACCAGAUGCUGUUGAAUAACACCAUGGCUUCAUCAGAGGAUGUGGGAUUGUAGGACCUCUGGGUGAUGAAGUUGUUUUAGUAAAUCCAUUUUUUUAAAAAGAAAAAAGGACUUGUUUUUACUUUUUUCUAAAUGUCUCUGACUACUGACUGUUCUAUAAAUAGAUUAUUUUUCCUUUUUUAAUAUACAUAUAUGAAUAUAUAAAUAUAUAUAUAUUUACUGUUACCAGCAGCAUAUGACAGAGUUCCUGUGUCAGAAAUCCUUUUGGGGGCUUGCUUACUCUUUUUUGCUUUUUCAUAAAGAAGUCCCAUUCCUCCUUGUAGUACAAGGAGUUAGCACUUCCUUGUCCAUCCUAGCCUAACCAGAUCUUCCAUUUUGUUUUUGUUCAAAUAAAUAAUUAUAUUUCCUUUG